AUCCAAACUUAAGCAACCUCUCUCAUUAGGGCAUGUUUGGCAUCCUCAAAAAGCACCAUAUCCCAUUAUAUACUCAAUCAAACAAAUCAAAACUCCCACACACAAUUUUUUAAAAACAAAAUUAGAGAGCAAAAAAGAAAAAUGGAAGGAGAGAAUUCAAACUAUCACUACAGAGAAUGCCUCCGGAACCAUGCAGCCAGUCUCGGCAGUUACGCCACCGACGGCUGCGGCGAAUUCACUCUCGACGACGCCUCUUCUCCGGCCAACCUCCUCCACUGCGCCGCCUGUGGCUGCCACCGUAACUUCCACCGCAAAGUCACUUACAUCGCUGGCGGCGGCCGCUCCUCCGCCGCCACCGCCACCGACGACGACCUCAUGGAUUACGACCGUCACGCCGUUGUUGAGUACGCCGCUGCCGACACCGAGAGAAGCGGCGGCGGCGGCGGAAGUAAAAAACGGUUCCGUACGAAGUUCACGGCGGAUCAGAAAGAGAAGAUGCUGGCAUUUGCGGAGAAGUUAGGUUGGAAAUUGCAGAGAAAAGAUCUGGACGACGAGAUCGAGAGGUUCUGCCGGAGCGUGGGAGUCACUCGCCAAGUCUUCAAGGUUUGGAUGCAUAAUCACAAGAAUUCUUUUUCUUCUAAUUCUGCAUCCACUGGAAAUGCCUCUUCUCUAACACAGUAAUUAAAGAUUAAUUGAUUUAAUUAAUUGAUCUUUAUGUUAAUGUGAUAAAUUAGAGUCUAAUAAGACGCCUAAUUUUUCUUCCUUUUCAGAUCCCUUUGUUAUUCUUCCUAAAAAGGGUCUAGUCUAUAUAUCAGUAAAUUGGCUUAUUAUUGUAAUAUAUAAACUAAUUUUCUUAAGGAAAAAAAAGAGUGUAUUUUUUUUUC